GAAAGGAGGAUAAAACCCAUCAACCGUUAAAAACGAAGGAAAGCUAGCUGGGAACUGGAGAGGAUCAUAAUGUAUGCUAGCCACAAUUUUAACUGCUCUUUUCUCCUCCUCCUUCCACUAUCAUUCGGCACCAAACAAACCAAAUCACAAAAGAAGUAAACGAAAUCAAGUCAGGUUAUCUUUUUCCAUGAUUUGUUGCAGCAGCAGCAGUAUAGCAAUCCUCAGUACUGCUUCAAGAAUUGAUGGUACUGUUUCAAGAACCCGAACUCGUAACUCAUUACCACUGUCAUCUCAUUCUUUCCACCUCCAAGUGAAUGUAAAUGGGAAUCAUCAACUCUUUAUAAGGAGGAGAAUAAGCAGAUGGUGCCGUGUGUCUCCAAAUGCCUCCUCCUCUCUUGAGCUCCCUCUUCUUCCUUUUAACACGAACGAGGUUCUAGUUCCAUCUGAGAGUAAAACACUCCAUCUAUAUGAAGCCAGAUAUCUAGCUCUGCUCGAGGAGUCUUUAUUAAGAAAGAAGCUGUUUGUGCAUUUUGUGUUGGAUCCUAUUCUCAUUAGCAACUCAGGAACUGAAGCAUCCUUUGCUGCUAGAUAUGGCUGUUUAGUCAAUAUAGAAAAUAUCGAACGCUUAGAUGUUGGAGCAUUAGUCUCCAUAAGGGGAAUUGGCCGUGUCAAGCUUUUGAAUUUUGUACAGUCGGAGCCUUACCUGAAAGGUGAAGUCAUACCAUUACAGGAUAGGUUUAUUGGUGCAAAUGAAAUCAGCUCUAAAGUUAUAGCAGUGAAGGACGCUCUUCGCAGUUUGAAUAGCUUGGAAAUCAAACUAAAGGUUCCUUUCCUCUUAAGUAGCUGGCUGCACUGGAAAUUCAGUAGUAGUAGAAGAGCCAGACAUUUGUCUGCUAACAUUGGAAAGAAGGCUCCCAAGGAGGAAUUGUUGCAAACCUGUAUUGCAAACUCUCUAACAUGGGCAGAGAAGGAACCGUCCCUGGAAUGUGAUCAAUCUUUCAUCCCAUCUCCUGCUGAGCGAAUAUCAUUUGCAGCAUUCCAACCCAUUACAAGAUCUACACAAUCAGAAACACUCAAGUUGCAGCAACAGAAGUUAAGAGCAAUGGAUCUGAAAGACACGCUACAAAGGCUGGACAAUUCACUAAAUUUAGUGAAUGAGAAUAUAUCCAUGGUAGCAGCCAAGCUUGCUAUUCAGUCAUUAGAGAUGCAGUAAGCAUUGGUGGAGAUUAGUUACUGUUGAUGUACAGUUCAUGAUGACACGACAGAACUAUUCUAUGGAUAUUGUAGCUGUGUUUUUUUCUUAUUUUUGCUUCAUUUUUCUCUCUUCUUACUGCAUUUUAUCUUCUCAAAGGAGAAAUCUCAAGUAGUUUUAAUUUUUAUAUAGCAAACUAUCACUGUCCAUAAUAUUGUAAAUCAAACUAACACAGGCCUUGGUAUGACAGGAUCUGUUUUUAUAAUGAUAUGAGAGGAUCUUAAUCUUCAAUUUACGUCAA